AGUAGUUGCGGCUAAUUCGUCGCCGAAUAAAGUCGAUUAUUUCACCGGUGAAAUUGUGGACAAUUCUGGUAUAAAAUAAUUUUUGAGAUGUGAAUUAAUUUCGUGGGAAGGAUGCAAGAGCCGAUUUCGGUAGGAAUAUCGAAAGCGUAUCGAAGCAAUGAUGUACUUGCUCCGAAGGGAGGGAGAAGUACUCGUCGUCUAGUACCCAGAGUUCAGAUUCAGACAAACGAGAGGUACCGUGUCGGUAGCAGUACGGUCAGUAUCAGUACGAAUAGUGAAAUAGAAACGCGCGUUCGGCCUUUGAAACGCACUAGCAUUUUCGCAAAACCGUUUACUUGUUUCUGCGGUGUUGUUCAUUUUUAUUUACGAUUAUUUCGCCGUUGUGCUACAUGUGUCAUGGGGAUUAUGAGUGUCUUCAAAUGGCUCCGCAAAGAUGGAAACGUUGAACGACAUCCAUGGAGCAUGCCACCAGAUCUCUGUCGCCUGAAUAAUGAAACGUGUCGAAUUAAGGCAAUCAGGGCCUUUAUGGAUCGUAGAAAGAGUGGGACCGAUCCUGGAUGUUUGCUAAUGACGAGUCCGGAUAAAGAGUUCCAUUUUAAGACAUACGUGAAGAAAAACAAUGAGAACAACAAGGUCAAUGACGACAACAACUUUAUUCCUGGGGUGCCACACAUUCCACCCUCUGAACUUUUCGAGAUCGGCUGGGUAGCGGGCACAGAGGAUCGCUACCUGGAGUACAUCUACGCCGAAUGGGACAAUACUAAAGUUUCCGUAAAAAAGCACACGCAUCCAGACUGCGAAAAUGCGAUCAAAGCUGAUCUCGCAGUUCUCACGGAAAUCCGUCAUCCAAACAUUAUUCUCCUGAUAGCAACUUCCCAGAUAAAAGAUCAUGGUAUCAUAUCAAUUUUCGAGUUUCUAAAUUGCACUCUCUACAGUUAUAUCCACGAGAAGGGCGAGCGUAUUUCCGUCCAGGAAGUCUCUAGAUGUGCCAGAAAACUCGCCGAGGCCCUAGGAUUCGCUCACAUGCGCGGAUUCAUUCAUGGGGCAAUUAGUUCUCACUGCGUUUUUCUGGCAUCAGGAGUCAUCAAGUUGGGAGGAUGGGAACUAGCCACCCAAAAAGAUGAGCCGAAAUCGAAACAAGACUUUCAGGCUCGUCUCCGAGCAGAAAUAUUCAGAUGGCAAGCUCCCGAAAUUUUUCGUGGUCGCGCUCCAACUGAAGCCACCGAUGUUUACGGGCUUUCUCUGCUGAUUUGGGAAAUGACUACAAUGCAUUUGCCGUGGAGUGGACUAUCAAAACCGGAAGUGGAGAGACAGUAUGUCCACUGGGAACGAGGAGUUAUGAUAGACCUCUACAAUUUUCCACAAUUGCUCGGCAAAUUAUUGGAGGCUGGACUUCAAAUCGACGCCACAAAAAGGACAAUGAGCAUGAAUCGUAUGCGCAGAUUCCUACAAAGACUCGAGCUGCAAUACGAGACGGAAGCACCAAUUUACGCAAAUCAAUACACAAAUAACAACAAUAUCAAUCAGAAUUCGAAAGUUUGCAACGUUCCAAUUUGCAUUUCGCCAACAACAAAAUGUCCCACAACACCUCUCUCUGCCGAAAAUAGUAAACCUGCCCCAAAAACUCUCUUCAACUCGCAGAAAAAGGUCUGCAAUCGAUUAAUGCGUUCGUCCUCGAAAAAAGAACUCGUUCACAAAGACUUGACGAGAUUAAAAUUGACCGAUAAACAGGACAGCAAUAAUCUCCCAGCGGAGAAAAAGGCAAAUUUAUUUUUGCAGGAAAGAUUGCACAAUGAAGUCCACGAUUCUGUCGACACUGGACAGAAAGAAUAUCGUGAUACGACUUUCAGCAGUCCUGAGCUGCGCAACGAUGAAGCGGAAGUUGAAAAAAUGUCGGUUGAAAAUGAAGCUGACGAGGAAAUUCUUUCUACGGCCGCAGAAAUGCUUUCUACGGCCGACGAGAUUCUUUCUACGGCCGAAGAAAUUCAUUCCACGACGGAGGAGCGUGUCUCGAGCAAUUAUGGCUCGGAAUCGACGCGAACGCUCGAAUCUUCUUCUUCCUCUUGUUCUGAUGACGAUAUUACUGAGACUCGGAAUGAUAUUCAAAAAUUGAGAGAAACCUUGGCGACAAAAAGGGAACGUUUCUUUUACGGGAAUGACUUGCGCCAGGCCUCAAAUGCUGAUACGAUUGUAGAUGUAGAUACAGAGGAGAAAAAUGCGAUUUUAGAGCGUGUCAGGAGCAAAGAUUAUGAGCCGCAUAAGCCUGCUAGCCAUAAAACGUGUUUGGAACCGAAGAUGAACAAAAGUCUUCAAUAUGAGACAAUGUUGAUUAAACCAGCAAGUCAUCGCGAACAAAAAACUGCCAAUUUGAGCUUCCCAUCGGAAAUCAAAGAAGCCGUUCUCAAUCCUCAAUUAUUCAAUGCCAACUGCCAAGACGUUUUUGAAUCGUCAAUGUGGAGAAGGGAAAAGAUGAUUUGCCUUUCCAAAAUGAGGAAAAGCGAUCCUCAAAAUAUCAUCAAUCCUCAGAACUCGCUGCCUCGUCCAGAAACUUUAAAGCCAGUUGUGAAAAAUGAGACCUUCAUUAUCAAAGAACUAGAUGAACCGGAAACGGAAGGAAACAGCACCUUGCGCAGUGAAACUUGCUCUCAAGACAACGAGGAGGACUCUCAGAACAAAUCAUUGGUGGCUCUGAAACAAGCCCUGGACCGAGCAACCGACAUUAUUCGUCCAUCAUCGCCAGUCUCUGACGAAUCGAGACACUCCUCGCCUCUGAGGACACUCGACGACAAUCUCGAAAUUACCCCCGACGACCGCUUGGAAAUUCGAGAGGCUCUCUUCGAAAAUGCCUUUGGCGCGAAAAUUGGCAGCGUCGAUCCUGACUCGAAAAUCCGAAGCAUCGAGAGGAUCAUUCCGGAAGAGCAGCAGCUCUCGCAGAAUACGUACAAAAUAAAAAAGGCAAAGUGUCUGAGUCUGAGUGAACCGAAGAGUCAAUUGAGUCUGGGCGAAGUUUCGGUGAAUGAAGCCGAGGAGAGGGAAAACGACAAUAAUAAUAUGACUUUGAUGCUCUUUAGCGACAAAAAUCACGAGAAGGGUUGCAACUCGUGCCAUCAUAUGAGCGCUCUUGCGAGGAGAAGAUCUCUACCUGCGGCUUUGGGACAAUUGAAGGCUUACAGCAGAUUGUCUAUUGGCAGAUUGCCCAUUCGUAGAGGUGAUCAUCCGGACAGCACAGUUGAGGAUUUGUACAUCGACGACGAAUUUGGCGACAGUCUAAACGUAAAUAUGGUACUUUUGGAAGACGACGAUAUUGCCCUCGACGAGGACGAUAUUAUGCCAGAUUUGCUAGAAUUGUCGCACCAUUCCCCACACAACUUAUAACCCCCCCCCCCCUUUUCCCUCCAGGCGCAAUUAAAAUAUUUAUUACUUUUAAUGAAAAAAAAAAAAAGGAAAAGAAAUCGUGAAUCGACAAAAAAUGGUUACGUCAAUUUGUUUUCAGAAUUGCUUGGAAGCAAAUUUCACUGUGAAGAAAUGGUAUUUAUUGCGGGAAAUUCUUUUAAUUUUAGGGUGGCCGAGUCAGUUACCAUUGUUAUUUUUAAAAAUUUUGUACCACUCACACAUGACGUAGAAAUGUAGGAAAAGCUUUUUAAUUUAAGAACGUUUCGAGUCUUACACUGAACUGACGGAAGGUGCAAUUGUUGACAAUUUUUAUUUGCUUUUGACUUGAGGCGCGCAUAUAUUUUCAGUCGAAAGUCUGAAUAACAAUAAUAAUAAUUUAGAUGUUUUUUAAUCAGUAUCUAUUUUAAAACCGAGUCAAAAGUAUGGCUUGGAGAUAGAGAUUUGUGUGGCAGCUUUUAAAGAAUAAUCGAGAUUCCGUGCGUCAAGUAUUAUAGAAACAAGAAAAAAAUUAACGAUCGGCGAUAGUAUUUAUUUAUAUUAUUAUAUUUCGAAAGAGGAGACAGGAAAAAAAGAAUGACAGUUUUUUUUCGGUCAGAUUUAAGUUUCUUUUUUAGGGCAUCUCGAUGUUAUUUUAAGUCUUUGUCAUAAUGCAAUCCGAGGUUGAGAAUAAUUAGAAAUUAAGAAAGAUAUGCUGUUAAUUCACAGAAAUUUUAGUUAUUAUUGAAGGAAAUACCGCAGAGGAGCGAGGCAAUGUAUUUAAUCGUCCGACAAUAAUAAACAUUACUUUCCGCUAGCAAA